GUUUAUGUCCGUGGCUCCUUCUCGGUGUCUGCUGUCUUCGAACAAUGAUGCGCAAGAAGAGACGCUCCUGUGCGGAGAAAAUGGAAACUUCAUCCACAGUUAACAAGGCAAAGAGGAGUCGCAGUGGCGGUCGCCAGUCUAAAGACUCUCCUGAGCAAGAGACAAAUGAAGGUGUCUUUAGUAUCUUCCUGCGAGAGGCAGGUGUCAUAUUGAAGCGAGGUGGAAUGUCAAAUGAGAUUGUUGUUGACCAAGUAGUUUUCCAAAAAAGGAUACAGCAACAACUACAGAAGAGUCCCAGGUGCCCUGGUAUUGUGCAGGAAUUCAUCAGUGGAUUGGAGUCUCACAUUGAGGACCCUGAGAGGUUCAGGAAUUGCCUCCUUCCUUGUGUUCCACAAAUGUCUGAUGGAGACUCCAGCUCUGCCGGCUCUUUCCAGGAGAGUCUGCUACGUAUGCUGCUGGGAAUCGAAAUGCUGCAGAAUUUGAUCAUCAACAUCUUGCUAGAAAAACUCCCUGAAUAUAUGUGGGAAAGUACUGGAGAUGGUGGCCUCAGUAUUCCUCACAUAAUUAUUAACCAACUCAAGUGGCUAGACAGAAUAGUGGACAGCAAGGAAUUGGCAGCUAAACUAAUGGAGUUGGUGUCCGUGGCUCCACUUGAGGUUCAGCGGGAUAUCAUUACCAGCCUGCCAGAAAUCCUAGAAGACUCCCAACACAAUGAUAUAGCCAAGGAGCUCAAUUCUUUACUUCAGGAGAAAAUACAAUUGACUGUCCCCAUUUUGGAUGCCCUCUCGAGCCUGAAUUUGAAUUCAUCAAUACUGAAUGAGGUUCGUGGUGCCGUUAUGGCCACAUUGGGUGCAGUUCAACUGGAAGACCUACCUGUAGUGGUCAAAUUCAUUCUGCACUCUGUUUCAGCUUCUGAAGCAUAUGAGGUGGUGUGUAAUCUUCGUAAGAAGCUGGAGCUGGAGCAGUGUGUUCUCCCUCCAUUGCUUCAGGCCUCCCAGAGCUGCAUGAGGAGCAAAGGAGCAACGGGGUCUGCUUCUACACCAGGAGCUGGAAGCAGCCUGGACAGUGUUACCUUGUUGUUGGAUGGCAUAAAGUCGGCUGUUCGAUUCCAGAAAGUCGUAUCUGAAGCUUGGUUAAAGGCAAUAGAGUCCGUGGAUGAAGCAGAGGACCACAAGGUGAUCGAUCUGCUGGUGCUUGUCAUCCUUCAUUCCACCAAUGCAAACCACAGCCGACGGAAUGCAGAAAGGGUGUUGAAAGUCAAAGUGAGGACAGGACACAUCCAGGAAGCUCUGCUGCAGAAGACCUUCAGAGACUACUCUCAGGUCAUGCGAGGGUAUUUUUCCUCCAUCCUGGCCUUGGCUCAGAGUUUAUUGCGUUCCCAUGACCCCUGUGUGGUACCUUUUGGUGGGCACAUGUACCAACACUCAUUUAUUGCUUUUGACUCAUACUGUCAGCAGGAAGUAGUUGGCUCCUUGGUGACUCAUGUGUGCAGUGGUGUGAAUGGGGAGGUGGACAUGGCUCUGGAUCUCCUCUGUGGCCUUAUUACAGAAAAACCCUCAGAAAUGGCCCUAUAUGCAGUUUUUGUCAAGGGAAUCCUGGACUACAUGGAUAAUCUCACUCCUCAGCAGAUCCGCAGACUCUUUCAUCUUCUCAGCAAGUUGGCCUUUGGACAACAACUGCACAGCUCUCACAUCCAGGAUGACAUUCACAUAGUGAUACGCAAACAGCUCUCAAGCACUGUGCCUAAAUACAAGCGUAUUGGCAUCAUUGGCGCUGUCAUGGUUGUCGGCAGCAUGGGGGCUCACAGGCCGAAAGGGACGGAGUCCCAGAAUGGGACAUUACCACAGGAGACCUACAGACAGGUGACAGGUCUUUUGGAGCUGGUCCAGUCAUGCAGUGAAAGCUCACCUGAGGCUGCAGCUUUAUAUUAUGAUGAACUGGCCAACCUGAUCUUGACCUCGACCUUGGACCCACAGGUGCAGGAAUGGAUAGGAAAGAGUGUUCUGGAUGACUUCCAGGAAGAUUUUGUGGUGGAUGUAGGACCAGAAAUAACAGAUUCCUUUCCUUUUCCGGCCUGUGUGCUGUACAACCUGGAUGAAGAGGAGAGUGAGGGCGGUAUCGCCAUCAAGCUGCUGCCUAUUUUGGCCAAAGAUGCCCAGAACAAAGGAGCGAAGUGGACACAAACUGAGAAGGCACACAAACGGGUGUCUCCUCUUUGUCUCUCCCCCUUUUUUCGCCUUCUGAGGCUCUGUGAGGAAAAACAGCACCAGGGAGAUCUAGAGGAGAUUGAUGCUCUGCUGGGUUGCCCCCUGAUCCUCACAGACAUGGGUAUAGUCGAGAAAGUGGAGAGUUUAACAAAAACUGAGAGGGAGUUUCUUUGUACUUUACUCUUCCACACCAUCAACUGGUUCAGAGAGAUUAUAAAUGCGUUCUGUAAGCAAAAAGAAACUGAAAUGAAGAUGAAAGUAAUGACUCGCCUGCAGAACAUCACAUACCUGCAGACACUGUUGGAGAAAACUCUGGCAGGUACGCCUGGCUACAUUCCGCCCCUCGCUAACUUUGAUGGCGAAAGCACAGAUGUUGUAUCUAGUUCCGCUGCUCGUGUGAGUAAAGCAAAGAAAGGAAAAAAGAGGAAGGCCUCUGCUAAGAAUUCACCAGACACCAGCUCUCAGCUCGAGGAGGGGACUGAGGCAGAAGAAACACAACAAGAGCAGCCAGAGAAGGAUAAAGACAAGGAGGUCCGCCAAGGUGUCAACUUGAUGUCCUACAGGCAGUUUUUUAGGGAGUUGGACAUGGAGGUGCUUAGUGUCCUGCAAUGUGGCUUGCUGUCCCGCUCACUCCUGGACUCUGAGCUCCACACAAAAGUACGAGAGGAGGUUCUGCUGGGCCCUGCUGAGCUCGUCUUUCUGUUGGAGGAUAUGCUUCGCAAACUGGAGUUCAGUCUCGCAGCUGCUCCUGCAAAAAGAGCCCCUUUCAUCAAGGGAAGGACAGACAAAAGUGUUGGGUUUUCCCAUCUACAACAAAGGGCUUCCAAGGAUAUUGCUUCAUGCUGCAUACAGCUGCUGCCCACACUCUGCUCGCACUUGGAGAACUGCCACAAUCAUUUUCAGACUGUGUUGUCUGAGAACAAUGGCAUUGUGGACGGACCUGCCACAGACAUUCAAGAGCACCACUUAAUGUCAACAGGCUACCAGCUGGUCCUGCAGGUUCUCCACUCAACAUUCAGUUGGUCUGGAUUCACACAGCCAGGCCAGCGGACUUUGCUGAAAAAGGCUCUGGGAGUUUUGGCUGGACGACUUAAAGAAGGUGGUGCUGAAUUGACCCUGGAGCAUCUUGUGAAACACAGCUUUGAGUACCUACUGAACUUCCGCAGCACUGUGCCAAGUCUCAGCACAGCGCUAUGUCUCUCUCAGCUUCUCUGCACGGUGUCGGAGAAAGGAGGAAACCCUGCUGCCUACAAGCAGCAGAUGGCAUCCCUUACACGUCAUUUCCUGACCCAAGCCUGGGUAACAGCGAGUGGGGAGAGGGACCGAGGGAACAAAUUCAAUGAAACACUUCAAACUCUCCUCAGUGUGUACCUGGAGCACAUUGACGAUAUUCUGAGGGUAAUAGAGGAAAUAGCUGGAGAAGGAAUUCCUGAGCUGAUUAAUGCUAAUAAAGAUGAGAGCUCUGCCACCUGGCCUACUCUGAACAGGCAGACAUUCCUGGUGUUUUAUAAAGUGUUGAUGGCAGAGCUGGAAAAAGCUGUCAGGAAGAUUCCUGCUGUAAAACAUUGUGACAGUCCUGAGAUGCAGAGUGAGAAACUGCUGACAUGGAACCUUGCUGUCAGAGAUUUUCACAUCCUGGUCAACCUGGUUAAGGUGUUUGAUUCCAGGCCAGUGCUUAACAUGUGUCUAAAGUAUGGUCGUCUUUUCCUUGAGUCCUUUCUGAAGUUGGGGAUGCCUCUACUGGACUACAGUUUCAAAAAACACAAGGAGGACGUCCAAAGCCUACUAAAAACCUUCCAGCUCAGCACCCGACAGCUGCAUCACAUGUGCGGACAUUCUAAGAUUCACCAGGACACAAGCCUGACCAACCAUGUGCCAGCCUUAAAAAAGAGCCUGGAGCUGUUUGUUUACAGAGUGAAAGCCAUGUUGACACUCAACAACUGUCAGGAGGCGUUUUGGAUGGGAAAUCUGAAGAAUCGCAACCUUAAGGGUGAAGAGAUUCUUUCUCAACGGUCACAAGAAAGCGAAGACGAGGACCAACAGUCACAGGUGCCACAGCAAGAGGAUGAGGCCCAGGAGAGGAACUCUGGCGGAAGUAAAAAGGUUAAGAAACAGGACGACUGUGAUGAAGAUGAGGACGAUGAUGAAUCUGAGUAACUGUUGGAUGUGAUUAUAAAAAUUUGAAAGUUUCAUCAAGCUGAAAAUCUGCAAAAUUUCAACUUUUGAAGCCGGCACCAUUGGGUUGUGCGAGGUGCAGCCAAGAUUGGUGGAAUUAUCAGCCACCUCUUAUAAAAGAAUAGAACACUGUCUUGCUAUUGUGUUUGUGUGACAGUUAAAAAAGUGGAAGCAAGUUCCAAACAUUUGCCUUUAAACAGCACAUUGCAACUUACCAUAUGUAUAGUGAUUUUUUUUUUCUUUUUCAAAAUAAAAUAUGGAUGCUUGA